AUGGCCCAGAAAAUCAGCAUCAACCGUGGACUCGGCCUCGGAAUGGCACAAUUGGGAGCUUUCGCGAGAAUGGGAAUGAUGAUCAACGUGAGUGUCUGCGUGUCUUCGUUUCCCACACUCUCUGCCGUUCCCCCAGUAGUUUUAACAGCCGCAAACAAUCGGUCACUCCCGUUGUCUGUCCCUUCCCGCUUCAUUAUCCUUUUCGUCUCCAUCUCUUUCCAUGGGGGUAUACUGUAAAAUUAUUUUAUUGUUUGUUUCAGAUAAACGCCAUUGGAGCCACUAAUGGAGAGGUUGGUGAGGGAGCCAUCGAAAUGAGCAAAAAGUCCACGUGGCAUAGCAAUGAGCCAACGAGAAAGAGCACCGCGUUCGAACCGGAUCUCGAUUUUGAUAUGAUCGACUAUAGACAACCGUCAGGUAACGGAGGAAUCUGUGAAUUCGGGUGAGAAGAGAUUCAUUCAGGUUCGUCGCAAUAUUUGUACGGUUUCGGUUUCGACAACAACGCAUUCGGUCCAGUGGACGCGCAGAGCGACGAUUCGGUGUUUAUGUGA